UCCUGCCAUGUGGCUUCGACGAUGCUUUGAAGGGGAAGGGAGGAGCUCGAUGGAAACGCGGAAUUUCUCGACGAUUACAUCAUCGGUCGAGCACCCCCCUCCCGAUCCUAUCCUACAACAAUCACCACCACCACGACGGCAAAACAUCAACGACGCCUAUCAGCAAAGUCACCAAAGCCAACCCUCACCACCACCCAAAAAAUGCCGAAACAAGCCUCCUCAAUAACCACCCUCCUCUCCUCCCUCUCCGCCCUAGCCGAAGCCAACCCCUCCCGGCCCGCCCGCGCUCCCCUCCGCAUCCACUUCCCCGGCUCUCCCUCUCCCACCACCGUCUCCACCCCGGGAACCCCCCUCUCAAAGGACGCCGCCGCCCUCCCGCCCUCUUACUCCAUCUCCGCCACCGCUCUCUCCAACAUCACGCUUCCCAACUGCGACCUCAGUCCCGUCUCCAGUCACCACGAUUCCUCCUCUGGCUCCUCUUCUGCGGGUGGUCAUUCUAGGAGAGGAUCAGAAGCCAGCAACGCGGCCGGCCAAAUCCCUCAUUACCUCGUCAUCUGUCUCGAUCUUGAUCCUCCUUUUCCCAGUUUCCCCGUGCUAGCACCGAUUUUGCAUUGCUUGGAAGCGGACUUGAGGCUGGAGACGGAGGAGUUGGAUGCUGAUGAGGGGUAUGUGUAUUUGACUGCUGAUGAGGUGGCGGGGGGGAGUGAGGGGAUUAGGCACUCCAGGCAGGAGAGGAGGACGAAGCCGGUGGUGGGUUAUAUGGGGCCGAAACCGCCGGGGGUGAGUAGUCCACAUCGGUAUGUGUUUUUGUGUUGGGAGCAGCCGGGGGGUGUGGAUGGGCAGAAGGUGAGGGAGGUUUUGGGGUUGGAUGGUGGUGGGGAGGGAGAGGAGGAGGGGGAGGAUGUGGGAAUGACGAAGAGGGUGAGAUUUGAUCAGGAGGGCUUUGAGAAAAAUUUGGGAUUGGGGGAGGUGGUGGCGGGGAAUUAUUUUGUUUGUUGAUGAUGUACGAUGGGUGGUGGUGUUGUUGGAUGAGGAUAAUGGGAGCUGGAGGGUGAUGGGGGGUGGGAGUGGAUGGGAAAGUCUGCUGAAGGUGGGUACCAACUUAUCCUUUUACUCUGGGAAUUGCUGAUCGUGGCUCAGGCUGGAAAGCAGCAAGAUUUGGUUAC